AUGGACAUUGACAUUGGGAAGCUGGAACAAGAGUGGGAUAUUGAGGACGACUUGGAGGAUGACCUGCUGCACCGCAAGCCCGCAAUGCCGGACAUCCAGCCAGGCGGCAAAAUCUCCGACGAGGCCAUUCAACAACUGCUCGGGACCCAAAAUGCGGGCAAGCCCGUGAUGAUGUUUGUGACCAUGGAGGAUGACGACCGCGAAAAGAACGAGGAACUGGCAGAGAUGUAUGUGGCGAGCCUGAAGAACAACCACAUGCCUGUCAAGUCGUUCUUCAUCGAGGACGAUCACUUUGGGCUCAUUGUCGACGACGGCAAGUUUACCAACAACGUCAUUGACUUUCUCAAGCGGCAAGAUGAGGUGGCCCAGGUCAGCCUGGACCAGAAGGACAUGCUGCCUCCGCACCCAAAGACAGAUGCGCAGAAGCAGCAGCGGGAGAAGGAGAAACAAGAGAAGAAGGAGAAGCUUGAGAAGUUGAAGGCGCUGCACAAGAAGAAGCAGAAGCUCGCAAAGAAGAAGCGGCGUAAAGCCCGCAAGGCAAAGGACGACCUGUAG